CUCAUCACGCAAUACCCUUCUAUCACAAGCUACCAAUAUCCUCUUCACAACUACUUGAAGUUUAAUUUCAUUAAUUCAACGAUGGAAUUAGAUUAUGGUUUAGACUUCGAGGACUACUUCCCAUCCAUGAUUGCACGCUUAGGUGCAGAAGGGUUUAUUGGGGAACUCUGCAACGGGUUUCGUUUGUUGAUGGAUGUGAACAAGGGUCUUAUCACGUUCGAGAGUUUGAAGAUGAACUGUUUCUUACUGGGUUUGGAGGUGAGGGACGACGAGCUCGUGUACAUGUUAAUGGAAGGUGAUUUGGAUGGAGAUGGUGCUCUAAGUCAAAUGGAAUUUUGCAUUCUCAUGUUUAGGUUGAGUCCAUGUUUGAUGGAUAGUAAUGGACCUCAAAUGUGGAAUAAUCAGUGUAUGGAUCCCAUGUUAAUGUAAUCGUAAAUCUUCUCUAACUCUCUCUUAAUUACCUCCUCUCUAAUAAUUUCUCUUGUAAUCAAUAAUUCAAUAACGUAACAAUUUCAUCCUUCUAAGAGACU